AUCCGUGAAGAAGAAACGCCGACACGGCGACAACGUAACACCGCGAGGGACGAACCGUCCGUUUCUCCACCGUUGGGCUCCGCCACUCCAACGCAGCCCAUACGUUCCUCUCCGAUCCCAAAAAAAAAAAAAGAAAAAAAAAAAGAAAAGAAGAAAAGGUUUAAUAUCGCGCGAGAGAUCCGUCCUCCUGUCGAGGUCGUCUCUCCUUCGUCAAAUUCCUCCACCGAAGCAAUCAGCAGCAGGAAGAAAGCGCACUCGGAGAAUUCGUGCCGUGAUUUCGUCCGUCCCACUGCUUGGUUUGGUUUGUAUUGCAGCCGUGUGGGAGCUCUUGCUCUUGCUCUUCCUCCCGUGGAUCGCUCAGUUCCCGGUCUUGUCUCCGGCGACCCGCAGAUCUCGAUUCGUUCCGGAAUCGGUGGUAUUUAGAUGCCGGAGAUGGAUGCAGCAGCUGAUUCCCAGGCCGAUGACUCCAGCUCGCCCGUGAACGGCUCCGCCCAUUUCGAGUCUGGAGCAGCUGACACGGAUGCCUCAGUGAAUCAGGUGGCUGAUAUGGAGGACGAGAAGUCGGAUUACCAAGAUGAUGGGAAGGUUGGGGAUGAUGCAGGAAAGGAUGAGUUUGUCGAUGCAUCGGAGGAAUUAAAUGCUGAUAACCGGGAUUUAGCAGUAGUUCCGGAAAGUGAAGCUGCAUUGGAUGAGAGGAGCAGUUCGGACCACAAUAGUUCCGGUCGAGUGGAGAAUGGAGAGGCAGAUCAUGACUUGAUGGAUGAGAUAAGAAGACUGCAGGAUUUACUGGACAAGGCAGUCAGCGAGAAAGAAUCUGCUUCGAGAGACUAUGAGGAAGAAAGAGAGAGAUACACAAGAGAAAUUAGCGAGCUUUGCCAUCAGAUCAAGGGUUUGACCUAUCAACGACAAGUGGUUGAAAAUGGAGACGUAUAUGCUGAUCAUCACGAUGCAGCAGAAUCUGGAGAUGGCAAGGAAAAGCUUGAGGGGUCUGUGACCUCAUUCCAUGACAUGAUAAGAGAAUGCUCAAAGUUGAUUCGAGAUGCAUUAGAAGAACGAUCGCAGAUGGAGGGUUCUGUCAGAGAACUUCAUACCACUUUGCAGACGAAGGAUCAACAGAUUGAAGACGUUACCUCUAAGAUUGCUGAGCUUUCAGCAAACCACGAUAUCCAAAUUGAAAAGGACCAGCACCUGGAAUUCGUCACAAGGAGACUGCUUGAUUCGCUUGCCUUUGUAGCUGAACACGAAGCGCUGGUGGACAAUUCUGUUGGCAAGAGGUUGGAUCUCGUCGAGCGAAGGACGGGGGCAUUAAUUGAGAAGUAUAGCGAAAUAUAUUAUCAAAUUGACCAGCUUAGGCAGUAUUUACCUGAUGCUGGUUCAGAACUCUUGCCAGAUGAAAUAGGUAAUGUUGUUAGCGGAGCAUGCAGUGAGUUGCAUGAGGCCAAAAGGAAGGAAGCAGACUUGGUUGAAAAAAUAAGAAUGGCGGAAGUUGAGAAUGGGAAGCUGGUCGAACAGCUUGAAAAGGAUAAAGUGGCACUAGAAGCAAGCAAUGAAGAACUUGGCCAAGUGAGGGCAGAACUUGAACAAGAGAAGAUGCGACUUGGCAAUGUGAAAGAAAAGCUCAGCAUGGCUGUAACGAAGGGGAAGUCCUUGGUGCAUCAGAGAGACUCAUUGAAGCAAUCUCUGGCUGAAAGGACAAGUGAGCUCGAGAGGUUUACGAUGGAUUUGCAGGAGAAGUCGAGUGCCCUAGAGGCUGCUGAAGCUACUAUAGAAGAGUUGAGGCAGAACGAGAGCUUAAUUGCUUUGCUGCAGGAAAACCUCUCACAGAGAAACGCGAUUCUCAUAAAAUUUGAAGAAUUCCUCUCAGAAACCAGUUUACCCGAGGAAAUCCGACCACUGGAUAUUACGGAGAAAUAUAGAUGGCUUAUAGAUGAGAGAAAUGCAUUAAGAGACAUUGUGGUGGAAUAUCAGAAAUGCAAAGAUGCCUUGUCUCUUUUGGAGUUACCAGAAUCUGUUUCUAACUCUGACUGUGGAGCCGUUGUUUUUUGGUUGAAGGAAUCGUUCUCCCAAGCCAAAACUGAGGUGGAAACCCUCCAAGCUGAGAUUGCUAGAACAAAAGAAAGUGCACAAAAUGAGAUUGAUCGCUUUAGUUCUUCACUUUCUGCGGUCUUACAGGAGAAGGACUAUCUUCAGAGUGAAUUGGAUGAUUUGAAAUUAAAAUAUGAGGAAAUUGUGGAAAAGCAAAAUGAAGAUUCAUCAGAGAAGGAGCGAAUGGCCAUGUUGUUGGUAGAGAAGUCUGGACUUGCAGCAAGUGAUCUAGGAUAUGAAGAGAUAUCCUUUUCUGAUUAUGUUAUGCUUGUUGAUCGAUGCUUUGAGAAAUUGAGAGAGAACACCAUCUCCCCUUACUGUUCUCCUGCUGAGUUGGAAUUAUUUGAAAAAAUUAAAAAUCUCUUAUAUGUGAGGGAUCUGGAGUUAAUGCUCUGCGAAAAAGUUCUGGAAGAAGAGAUGCUGGCUAGAUCUGAGGAAGUUAAUAAUAUGUCAAAUGAGUUGAAGGUGAUGUCGGUAGAACUUUUUGCAUUGAAAGAGGAAAGAGGCUCCUUGCAGAAAGAUCUUGAACGUUCAGAAGAGAAGUCAGCCAUGCUUCGGGAGAAGUUGUCCUUGGCAGUGAAGAAAGGUAAGGGACUGGUUCAAGAUCGGGAAAACUUGAGGCAUCUUUUGGAUCAGAAGAAUGGGGAAAUUGAAAAGUUGAAGCUUGAGAUACAGCAGCAGGAAUCAGCGGUUUCUGACUGCAAGGAUGAAAUCAGUAGAAUGUCCUCUCUCGUAGAAGGCAUCCCAGUAUUGGAGAAUGACCUUACUUCCGUGAAAGAACAAAAGGAUGACCUUCAGCAGUCCUUACUCGAGAGCAAUAACAUGUUGCAAAGAAUGAUGGAGUCUGUUGAGAGUAUUGAAGUUCCUCCAGACUUGGUUGCUGAAGAGCCUGCAGAGAAGAUAAAGUGGCUUGCUGCAACCAUCAUUGAAUGUCGAACUGCAAAGGACAGUGUUGAGCAGGAGUUGGGCAGAGCACUUGAGGAAGCCGGUAAUCUUACUGGAAAGCUUGCUGAAACCGUCGCUGCUGUUGAGAAGAUGCAAAUGAUAGAGGAAGACUUUGAAAAGGUGAAACAGGAAGCCAGUAAUCUGACCAGCCAGUUGAGAGAAGCCCAAGAAACUAUUAAGACUCUAGAAGAUGAAUUAUCAGCUGCACAGAACAGUAUCUCCGAGCUUGCUGAAGAAAGGAGGGAAAUUGAGGUUGCUAAGAUGAAUAUCGAACGAGAUUUGCAGGAAGCUCUCAGAGAUGCCUCUUCCCAAGCUAGCAGCUAUGCAGAGGCAUAUGCCAUGAGAAAAUCACUCGAAGAUGCAUUAUCACAAGCUGAGAGUAAUAUUUCUGUUCUCCUCAAUGAGAAAGAAGCAGCUCAAGCUAGUAGAGGAGAUGUAGAGAUGGAGAGAGAGAAGAUGAAGGAGGAAAUCUCAGUUCAGAAUAACAAACUGGGGGAGGCGCAUGCAACUAUCAAGUCACUGGAAGAACUAGUAUCCAAGCUUCAUGCUAGUGUUGCUGCAUUAAGUGAAGAUAGAGCAACUUUGGAGGAUGAGCUUAAGAAGAUUCAAGAUGAGACUGGGUCCAAAGAUAGUUCAUUGACGGAUGCCUUUGCAAACAUCAACUCACUGGAGGGCACAUUGUCCAAGACUGCAGAUCACAUCUCUGUGCUUGAGAAUGAGAACAAGAUAGCCAGCCAGGAGAUAUCUGAGUUAAAAUCAAAGUUAACAGAUGCCUUUGCAAACAUCGAGUCACUGGAAGGCUCAUUGUCCGAGGCUGAAAAUCAUAUAUCUGUGAUUGAGAAUGAGAACAAGAUAGCCAACCAGGAGAUAUCAGAAUUGAAAUCAAAGUUGAAUGCAUGCUUGGAAGAAUUGGCAGGAAAGAGUGGCAGCAUAGAAAGCAGAUCUUUGGAACUUGUUGGUCACCUUGAUCAGCUAGAAGUGCUCUUGAAAGAUGAGAGUCUGUUUUCCAUGGUGAAGAAAGAUUUUGGGAAAAAAAUCGAGCGCCUGAAAGACAUGGACACUAUUCUUAACAGCAUGAAGAGUCAGCUUAGUAGCACGCAUUCAGAACAAGUGGAAUAUGAACAGGGAGGAUCAGUCUCAGAUCAGUUAUUACCUGGCGAUUUUGGGGAUGCUAUGAAAGUUGAUGUGGAAUCUUCUCCUAUGAACGCAGUUGAUGGUGGCAACAUUUCUUUGUCCUUUAUAAGGUCUGUGGAAGGGUUCCAUCGGAAGAACAAGAUCCUUGCUGAUAAAUUUAUGGAGUUCUCAGCUUUCAUAGAUGAAACUCUCGCAGUCUUGUUCAGAAAAUUAGAGGGCAGAAGAGAUGAAAUAACGAGCAUGGUUGAGGACAUGGAAUCUUUGAAACGGGAUUUGGAGAAUACGGAAGCCCAUAAAAUGGAGCAGGAAAGUGCAAUGUCCAUGUUAGAUGACGCUGCUACCUUUUUAUUGUCUGCAUGUGCUGAUAUCACGAAAGAACUGCAGUUUGAAGCUGAAAACAAUUUGCUUUCAUUGGUAUCUGUGUCUGAACUUGAAACCCGAGGAGCUGGUGGAAUUGAUGCUGGAGAAUACAGAAAGAAGCUUGAUGGCAGCAAAUAUAUCGAACCAGUUGAAGAUCUGCUACUUGCAGUGGGUAGAGCUAAAGGUGUGAUGAAACAAUUUGAGGAAGCGAGCAAAGCAGCGGCGACUAAGAUUGAAAACCUGGAGAACAAGUUAAACGAAGCGCAAGCAGUUUCUGUAAAAGCAUUGGACGAGGUGGAAUCAAAGCACAAUAUUAUUUACAAGUUGGAGAAGGAUGUAGAGGUUUUAGAGAACUUGUGUUCCAGUUUGAAGCUUAAAGUAGAGGACUACCAAGCCAAUAUCGAGAAGUUGAAGGAAAAAGAGGCAGAAUACUACUCAAUGUACAGUGAACUCUUACUGAAACAGCAAGAAGCUGAAGACGCUCUUCUCUCCCCAUCACAGUGGAGAGCACUUGCCGACAAGAUUAUUGGCAUUGAAAUCUCUGUAGCAGAUAUAUCGGGAAGAGACCCAGUUUCCAAUGGUUCUCAUGCAGAGAAGCUCUUUUACAUUAUAGAUAGGUUUGGUCAGUUGCAAAAUCAAGUUGACUUGUUAAUGCUGGAUAAAGAGGAGCUGCAGUCAAAUCUUGCAGCAAAGGUUCUUGAGAUUAAGCAUCUAAAGGAGGAAGUGGAAUUGCAGAGCAGACAUACACAACAUUCAGAAAAGACGAAAAACGACCUGUCGGAGCUAAUUUUUGGUCUAGAAAAGAUGGCCUCCAUGUUGGGUGUCAAUGAGAUGGCUGGGGAGCAAAAACGUGCUGAAGCAAAUGCACUUCUUGCGGCUUUGGAAAAGCAGAUGAUGAAUGUGAUUUCGGAGUGUGAGGCUUCCAAGUCAAGGGCCCAGGAACUUGGAACCAAGUUGCUGGGAAGCCAGAAAGUUAUAGAUGAGUUGUCAACUAAAGUUAAGUUUCUCGAAGGAUCACUUCAAGGUAGAAGUCUGCAGCCCGAGGUGAUCCAGGAGCGAGGAAUCUUUGAAGCAACAUCGGUCCCUCCAGGGUCGGAAAUAUCUGAAAUCGAAGAUGUGGAUUCUGCUGGAAAUAGUUUGAUAUCUCCUGCUCCUUCCGCUGCUCAUGUACGAACCAUGCGAAAGGGUUCAACAGACCAUCUCGCUCUCAAUAUUGAUGCAGAAUCUCAACAUCUGAUCAAUGCGGAAACUGAUGAUAAUAAAGGUCAUAAGUUCAAGUCUCUUAAUACAUCAGGUCUCAUCCCAAAACAAGGAAAGCUGGUUGCAGAUCGAAUUGACGGAAUCUGUGUCAAUGGUGGGAGGAUUCUGAUGACCCGACCUGGAGCAAGACUAGGCCUGAUCGCGUACUGGUUGUUCUUGCAUAUAUGGCUGUUGGGCACUCUAUUGUGACCAUCGUGACUUUAGCUGAAAUGGAGAGCAUUCCGGCUUCAUUCUCUUCUCAUCUCGACGAAAACUUGUAUAAUAGAAACACCUUGCACACAUUCUUACUCUCAAUUCUUUCCCAUUUGUUCUCUUGAAAUGUUAGGGGCCAUAGGGUGUAUGUACAUGUUCGGCAAUUUUCUCGGCGACACAUUUUAAGGGCUGCUGGGAGUUCUAGGGGCCUUCAUAGCAUGUUCAUGGAAGAAUAAUGUACGUUGGUUUCCUGGUUUGAUGCGAUUCGGUGUAAUGUAUGAAAGUUAAGGAGCAAGCAACAUAUGACAGGAGUACCGUUUGCAUCCUGAAUACAAACGUAUCUUCGUGUUUCCUUUCUCA